GCUAGUCACUCGAUAUACGCGAGUCGCUAGCACUUGUUUUCGAGAUCAUUCGAGAUUUCGCGGUCGCGGUGUCACAUAUUAUUUAAUGAAACACACGCGUUAUCACGAAAUAUUUAUUGACAUUUUUUCUCCCUCGAUAAGAAAGUGCACUAUUGAAUGCAUAUUAAAAAGUGUCGCUCGUUCAAUUUAAUUGUAAAUGACACGUGUAUUAUAUAACCCCAUCAACUUCGCUAUAAUUGCAAGUAUAUAAUCGCAAAAAUAAUUGUAUAUUAAUUGCACAUGACAUUUUGAUUCUAAUUAUUCCUUGUAGAACUGUCGACGAGCGGAAUAUUCCUAUUUUUUUCGUCUGCGAUUUCAAAUAAAAGCAAAUUCGGAGAGAGAAGGAGAUAGAAAAAGAAACAAUCAAAUAUUUUAAUAAAUUGUCACAUGCUCUGACAGAACAUCAGCGAACUGAAAAUAUUUCCAGUGAGUGAAAGAAAUAAUAAGUGAGAAAUGUGUCUUUUCUUUGUCAAGUUUGAUUAUGCAAUUGAGCACCUAUAAUAUAAGUGACAACAGGUGAUUUUUCCAUAAUCGAGGCGUCGACAAGAAUCGCAAUCGAACAAUUGUUGAACACUCGAAUUUUGUCAUCGAGUCGAUCAUCGAUUACUUGGAGACACGUGGAUAUCCUAAAGUCUUUAUAGAGAAAAGCUCUGAUAUUCUCUGACAUUCUCCACGUGUGCAGGUUAUGACAGUGAUCCGUCGAUGAGAGGAAUGAAAUAUUUCGGCAAAAGCUGCCGAAAACAAACUCAACAUUUCGAUUAAUUCUCAGUGAUUCCGAAUGAUAGUCGAAUGAUAAUAGAUCGCUUUUAUGUCAAAUGUGAUCUUAGUUUUAUUUUGAUUAUAAAAAUUUUGUUAUCGUAACUAUAUGAUAACAAGUAUCUGCCUGAUAUCAUUGUCUUAUCCCUCUGUAAGAGAGUGAACAUCGAAACGAAUUUUCCAAAGAUUUCACUGAUUUAAGAAGCAACAAUCAGAAGCAUUCAUUAAGUGUGUAAGAUAAACUGCGAAUACAAGCACACAUUCUGAAACAAAAGCAAGAUGCUGACUCAACGAUUAAGCAACCGAAGAUUGUUAGUCGAUUUUCUCGCGCUGAUGUUUGGCCUGGGUGCUUGGAUCGGUGUGAAUGGCAUUUAUGUACAACUACCGCUUAUAGUGCACACUGCACCAGAAGAAUGGAGUCUGCCUGCGCACAUGGUGAUGUUGGUGCAAUUCGCCAAUUUAGGACCCAUAUUGUACACCCUGUAUAUAAAGUAUACUGCUUGGGCACACGAUAGAUACAUUAUUUAUUCCCUAUUGAGUGCAGGAACAUGCGCCUGUAUCGCAUUGAGUUGGCUAUACAAUCACACUUCAUUUGUGUUUGGUAAAGAACACUCGACUGCCCUCUUGUCACUGAUGUUUGUGACUGCCCUUGUUGGAUGUACAAGCUCUGUACUCUUCAUGCCAUACAUGAGAAAUUAUCGUGAGAUUUAUUUGGUUUCUUAUCUGGUCGGAGAAGGACUGAGUGGAUUUGUACCGAGUGCAGUUGCUCUAAUUCAAGGCGUUGGUAGCAAUCAAGUGUGCACCAAUGUUACUAAACCAGGAUCAACUAAUCUAGAGUUCAUCCUCAAAUCAGAUCCGAGAUUCUCUACACAAAUAUUUUUCAUCUUUAUCGGCACUUUGUUAUGUUUGAGUUUUCUGUCAUUCUUAGGAUUAAAUCUUUUACCUAUAGCACUUGGAGAAAGAGUCAAGCUUCCAAGUAGUAUGGAAAUGUUACCAACUGAUACAACAGCACCACCUAGCUACAAAACUAAUUCCGGCUGGAAAAUGCCGAAAUAUACAUACUAUUAUUUAUUAAUUAUGAUGGCCAUAGUCUGUUUUCUCGGCAAUGGUACUUUACCAAGUAUACAGUCGUAUUCCUGUCUACCAUACGGCAGUAUCGCAUAUCAUUUGACAGUCACGUUAGCUUCCAUAGCUGGUCCAUUGGCCAUGUCUUUAGGUUUCUUUAUUGAAACACCGGCAAUUAAACUCCUUAAUAUUCUUACGGCAAUUAUUUUAAUACUUUCAGGCAUCGUUUUAUACUUGGCGGCGAAAUCACCUAAUCCUCCUUUUCAAAACUCAUGGGUGGGUGAAUUUAUGGUAGUCGUUUUGUGGAUAACUCUUUGCGGUUUAAUAGGUUUUGUAAAAAUGGGCAUUACAACUUUGUAUCGGCCCGAUCCUGGAAGAGGUCUUUAUUAUACUGGUGUCGCGACACAAAUCGGAUCUCUGUUAGGUGCAAUUACCAUAUUCGGUUUGGUCAAUUAUGCAAAAGUAUUUCAGUCUUAUUCUCCUUGUGCACCUCUUAUAAAAGAUUAACGUAGCCUGUACUUAGUCCUAUUGAUUAUUUGCACAGAUAAUGGUGAUAGAAAAAUAUUUUAUAUUUUUUUUAGUUCUACAAUCAAAAAUGUUUAUACAUAUUGAGAGAUAUAUUAUUCAAUAGUUACUAUAUUUACUAACUUAGAAUUAAUUUUCUAUAGAAAUAGGGAUCAAAUUUUUAUUAAUGCAUUUUACAAUUUUAAUCUCCAUAUAUAUUUAUACACAAGUUAUUGUGAUUAUUUUUCAUUAUAAGUUGUAUAACUGAACAGAUAAUGAAACGUAUAUUAUAUAUAUACGCUACAAAGAUGAUUUCGAUGAUGUACAUAAAAUUCAGUAAAGUAAAAAGUACUAAACAAUUAUUUUUAUAAAUAUAAAAAUAUGUCGCAAAACCAUACUGCAUUUUUAUAUUAAUAUUUUAAAAUUAUAUAAAUUUUAUCAUUAAAAUGCAUAUGUAUUGAAUUAUAUUUCUGUAAUAAUUUUCUCCUCAUUACAUUUGCUUUUUUCUGAUUAUUUAAAAUUUGAUAGUAUAAAACAUGUAAAAAAAGAAAAAUUGAUGAAGAAAGCUCAAUUUUUUUUUAAAUAAAACUCUAAGUUAGAUAUUAGUAUUUGAAUACAAAUAUGUUCAAUCUUUUUUAUAGUUAGAUCUGUACCAGAGUAUACAACAUAAAGUGCUUAAAUUAAACUUGUGUGUAACUUGAAUAUGUACUCUUUUAUGAUCACAUACUGCUCAGUUUUAUCUGAUAAAUUUUAUUGGGUAGAUUAAGAACCAGAUAGGCAAUUUUUUAAUUUCCUAACUCUUAUUACAUUUCUUCUUGACUCUCUGCUCUUAACAAGUUUAUGCAGAGCAGAGUUCAUUAUCGUUACUUAUUGUUUGGAAGUACAUAACAUGUAUCUGUGAUAUUUUAAUGCUUAUCAAUUAUAUAAUAAUAUAUAUUUGAAUUUAAA